AUGGAAUUCAACGAUACUUAUUUAAAAAGUGAACAACUUAAUCGACAACAACUCAUCUCGUGUUGGAAGAGUUCUGUAGAAUUUAAUAGUGACAUUGGGCCAUGUGACGAGGGACUUGCCCUUUAUCUACCUUCAAUUGAACCAAAUUCAUUGAUAUUGGAAAUCGAUGUUCAUUUUAAUAAUAGGAAACUUACAAGAAAUGAAUUUUUAUUUCAACAAUUGGAAUUAUCAAUGUCAAAAGGUUUGUACUUUUGGAAAGAGAAAUUGCUUUAUGACUGCUCUCUUUUCAUAGACGAAGACAAUUAUAAUAAACUUUGUCUAAAAUUGAAUUGUAGAAUAUGGAAUGGCAAUAAAAUAUCUUCAUUAUUGCAAAAGCCAAUCGAAUAUAAAGAUCAUAGAAAAUUUCUUCCUAAAGUAUAUUAUUUACAAAAACUAGAAAUUUCAUCUCAUUUUUUCUCUCAGACACAAUUGGAUUCUGUGCCGAUAGUUGAUUUCGUGAAUACUUUUAAUGAAUUUACUACUUCAUUGUUUUUAUCUCAAUUGGAGUUUCGUUUCCCUUUAGUUUUCUCUUCUACUACAAGACAAUUGUUUAGAUGUCAGGAAUCAGAAUUAGGCCCAAUUUCUUAUGCCUUAUCAGAUUCUCCAGCACUGAUACCAAUUUUAAUAAGCAUAAUUUCAAAUAAUAUGAUAUAUACAUCAAUUUACCAGUUAGUGAAUCCUAAGAAGAAAAUAACAAAAGACUACCCAUAUUUUAAAUUUUUUUUACUUUGA